GUUUGCAUGCGAGGAGUACACAGUAGACGACCCCUUAACACAACUUGUUCUUUUCCCAUACUUCAGUUCAAUCCUCGCGAUAAAAACUGGUUGCAAAACAGCGCUUACAAUCCGCGCAAGAAAAAUGUCGUUCUCAUCCAUGGCUACGCGUCAGGAGACCAAGAUCCGCCGUUCGCCGUACUAAGAAGAGCUUAUGAGAGAACCGGUCGCUACAACGUAUUUUUGGUGGAUUAUUCGAGUCUGAACCGCCCACCGUGCUAUGUUUCGGCCGUUAACAAUCUACGAUACAUUGGCCGAUGUGUUGCCAACUAUUUGAAUGGAUUCCGUACGAACGGAUUGCAUGUCGAUAAAUUAACAUGUACUGGCCAUUCGUUGGGAGCAAUCACUUGUGGAUUGUUGAGAAAUCAUUUGCAAUUUCAAUUGAACAAAAUUAUUGCACUGGAUCCUGCAUGGCCGCUCAUUAUUGGUGAUCUUCGUUUAACUAAAUCAAGUGCACGAGUCGUUCAUGUGCUCCAAACGAAUGCUGGACACUACGGCCAAUUAGGACCGGUCGGACAUGUCAAUGUCUGUGUCAACAGUGGCUACAUCCAACCAUAUUGCUUUGGAACGCGUCAUCCACACUUGUGCAGUCACAUUCGAUCACUUUGUUAUAUGGCACAGAGUUUAUUUCCGCAUAAGAAACCUCUGACAGCCAAGAAAUGUUUUACAUUCUGUCCCAAUCUAGGAAUAUUCAAAUUUAUGAUAAAAUCAGAGGAAAUCAAAGUCAUCAAUAACGUACCGCCGACAGCUUCAGGAACGUAUUGUCUUGAGAACGCAAAUCCGCCAUACUGUCCCAAGUAUUUGAACGGGUUCGGAGAUGACAUGUGUUGCCGAUUUGUGUGAUUGUGUGUGAUUUUGUUAUGAAAAU